UUUUACUCAUUCUAAAAAAUAAUCUCUUACGUGUUGGGGUUGGGGAUUUUGUUUUCUCUGAAUCGAACAAAAUGAUCGAGGUGGUGUUGAAUGACAGAUUGGGGAAGAAGGUUCGAGUGAAGUGCAACGAAGAUGACACAAUCGGCGACCUGAAGAAGCUUGUGGCAGCUCAGACGGGAACUCGCGCCGAUAAGAUCAGGAUUCAGAAGUGGUACACUAUCUAUAAGGAUCAUAUCACUCUCCAGGAUUACGAGAUUCACGAUGGGAUGGGGCUUGAGCUCUACUACAAUUAAAUUUCAUCAAAUCAUGGUUUGGAUAGAUGAUAUCGUCAAUCGGUGUAUUGUAAGGUUGAUCUGGAUCAUGUAUUACUGAUAACAUGAGUUUUCAUUGAUAUGAUCAUGAUACGACGGUUUAGUCA